GCAGGUGGUAAUUGGAAAUGAACACCACGCCAUACUGUGUGCAAAUAAAAUAUGAAGGCAUACUGUGAAAGGUUAAGUCGUCCAUUGCUUUUAAAGGAAGUAGAAAUCCAAUUGAAAGCAUAUGGAAAAAAUACACAUCACUCAAGGGAAAUUGAUCACAAAAAUAGUAGGCAAAAGCAUACUGUUUGCCACACCACUAGGUGUCAGUAAUGUACUUCCAAUCUACACCAUUUGGAAUUAACACAGACAAAGAGGAAGAAAGAUACACCAAUCAGCGUUUAGACUACUGUUAGCGUAGAAACAAUAUGCUGGCCCCACAUCCGAAGAGUUUAAAUUAAUGAAUAACCUGUUGUAUUAAGCAAAAGAAUAAUUUUGAAGUGUGAAGGUGAUUGCCCAGUCAGUGAUGAAGGUGGUGAACCUGAAACAGGCCAUCCUUCAGGCCUGGAAAGAGCGCUGGAGUGAUUACCAGUGGGCCAUCAACAUCAAAAGAAACUGUCCCAAAGGAGUGACAUGGGACUACCUGAACCUUGCAGAGGCCCUGAUGGAGCAGGCUAUGAUUGGCCCCUCUCCCAACCCUCUGAUCCUCUCAUACCUGAAGUAUGCCAUCAGUUCACAGAUGGUGUCUUAUGCGAGUGUACUUACAGCCAUGAGUAAGUUUGAUGACUUCUCCCGUGAGCUGUGUGUGAAAUCUUUACUGGAGAUCAUGGAUAUGUUCUCUCACCGCCUCAGCUGCCAUGGGAAGGCGGAGGAGUGCAUUGGCCUGUGCCGCUCUCUGCUGAGUGCGGCGGUGUGGCUGCUGCAGGGCUGCGCCUGGUACUGCGAGCGGCUCCGCGAACACCAGGCGGCGCCAGCGGGCCAGGUAGUCCCACCACUGCAGGGCACCGUCCCCGGGCUGGAGGCCAGCCUGAAGGCCUGCCAGGAGAGGCUGGAGGGUCUCGUCAAGAGCACCAAGAACCGCUCGCUCAUCCACAUAGCCCGACUGGAAGAACAGGCCUCCUGGACCAAUGUGGAGCAGGCUUUGGUCAAGCUGACGGACAACCUCAGCAGUCUGACCAAUCAGACGCUAAGAAGCAAACUAGAGGAGAUUGUGUCUCUGGUCAAAAGUAUUCCUCAGAUGCUGUCAGUACAGGGGGACCCUCCGGUGCACUCCUCCUUCCCCUCCGUUCACGCCUUCGUGAUGCUGGAGGGAACCAUGAACCUGACUGGGGACACCCAGCCCCUGGUGGAGCAGCUCAUGAUGAUCAAGAGGAUGCAGCGCAUCCCCUCCCCGCUGUUUGUGCUGGAGAUCUGGAAGGCCUGCUUCACCGGCCUCAUCGAGUCUCCAGAGGGCACCGAGGAGCUCAAGUGGACCGCUUUCACCUUCCUCAAGAUCCCCCAGGUCCUGCUGAGGUUGAAAAAAUACCCCCAGGGAGACAAGCAGGACUUCAUGGAGGAUGUGAAUACGGCCUUUGAGUAUCUGCUGAAGCUCACGCCCUUGUUGGACAAAGCUGACCAGAGAUGCAACUGUGACUGUCUGAGCCUUCUUCUUCAAGAGUGUAACAAACUGGGCCUGUUGUCUGAAGCCAACACCAACAACCUUACAUCUAAACGGGAGUUUGCCCCACGUCUUAAGACAGCAGAGAACGCAAACAUCCAGCCCAACCCCGGCCUCAUCCUCCGCGCUGAACCCACAGUCACCAACAUCCUCAAGACAGUGGAUGCCGAUCACUCCAAGUCACCGGAGGGGUUGCUGGGAGUGUUGGGCCAUAUGCUGUCGGGUAAAAGCCUCGACCUCCUCCUCGCUGCCGCGGCCGCCACGGGCAAACUCAAAUCUUUCGCACGCAAGUUCAUCAAGUUAAAUGAAUUUCCGAAGCACAUGAGUGGAGAGGGAUCUAAAUCGGCGUCUGUGAGGGCCCUACUGUUUGACAUCUCCUUCCUGAUGCUCUGCCAUGUGGUGCAGACGUAUGGAUCAGAGCUGAUCCUGUCGGACCCCAGUCCGUCAGGCGAGGUGCCGUUCUUCGAGACGUGGCUGCAGACCUGUAUGCCCGAAGAGGGCAAGACGCUGAACCCCGACCACCCCUGCUUCAGGCCCGAGUCCGGCAAGGUGGAGAGCCUGGUGGCACUACUCAACUCCUCUUCCGAGAUGAAGCUUGUUCAGAUGAAGUGGCAUGAGAUCUGUCUGAAUACCCCUGGCGCCAUCCUGGAGGUUCUUAAUGCGUGGGAGAACGGCGUGCUGUCAGUUGAAAAUGUACAGAAGAUCACUGACAACAUAAAGGGGAAGGUGUGCAGCAUGGCGAUCUGUGCGGUGGCGUGGCUGGUGGCUCACGUGCGGAUGCUGGGCCUGGACGAGCGGGAGAAGCCCCAGACCAUGAUCCGGCAGCUCAUGACGCCCAUGUACGGGGAGAACACCCUGCAGUUCUACAACGAGCGCGUGGUGAUCAUGACGUCUAUAAUGGAGCGCAUGUGUGCGGACGUCUUCCAGCAGACAGGCUUGUCCAUACGCCCCCCAGUGGAGGGCCAGGACCCCAUCCCCUACCGCAACCUGCUCCCCCCGCGACAGCCCAUUCACGAGGCACUGCACGCUCAGUUCCGGGAUGUGCUGAAUAAGGGCUGGGUGGACAGCAAGGCUCUGCACCUGUUUGAGAACCUACUCAACAUGGGAGGAGUCUUCUGGUUCACCAACAACCUGGUCAAGGAGCUGUUGAAGGAGACCCGUAAGGAGUGGGCCCUGCGUGUUGUGGAGCUGCUGUACAGCAUCUUCUGUUUGGACUCUCACCAGAUCACCCUCACGCUGCUGGGUACCAUCCUGCCCAACCUCCUCACUGACCCCGCACACUGGCACAGCCUGACCGACCCACCAGGGAAAGCUCUCGCCAAGUUGUCGGUGUGGUGUGCUCUCAGUGCCUACUCGUCACAUCACAAGGGCCAGGCCUCUGCCCGUCAGCGCAAGAGACAACGAGAAGAUAUAGAAGAUUACAACAGCCUGUUCCCAUUGGAUGACACCCAGCCUUCUAAGCUGAUGCGUCUACUGAGCUCCAAUGAGGAUGAACCAGUGCUGUCUAGCCCAGGUGAUCGGACCAUGAGCAGCUCUCUGUCAGCCUCCCAGCUCCAUGCGGUGAACAUGAGAGACCCCCUCAACAGAGUGCUGGCCAACCUGUUCCUGCUGAUCUCCUCCAUCCUGGCCUCCAAGACGGCGGGACCGCACACCCAGUUUGUGCAGAGCUUCAUGGAGGAGUGUGUGGAGUGUCUGGAGCAGGGCAGCCGGGGCAGCAUCCUGCAGUUCAUGCCCUUCAACAUGGUGUCUGAGCUGGUGAAGCUGCCGGCCCUGGCCAAGCCUAAAGUGGUGCUGUCCAUAUCCGACCUGACUCUGCCACUGGGCAGGAGGGUUGCUGCCAAAGCUAUUGCUGCGCUGUAGGCCCACACAUUCAAACCACACUGCACACUGUACAGACAUACUGCACACUCUCGCGCGCACACACACACGCACACACGCA